AGAGAGAGAGGAUAUUAUGAGGGAGAUUAACGCAUAAAACGGGCAUUGUUCGUGGAUGUGUGUUCGGGCCGGGUCGAAUAUCUGUAAAUUCACCUCAUUCACCAACCACCCCCAACUGCUAAAUAAAUUAAUGAAGAAAAACAAGGCAAGAUCUAGAGCCGAAAAAAGUUUUGUUUUCCUUGUAUUUAUAUAUCCCUUGAAUCUUUGUCAAAAGGAAAUUAAUCUGGGGCCAUUGGAAAUGUUUUUUCUUCUGAAGUUGUGAUCUGGGUUUUGGGAAUUUCAGCUCAUUUUUGUUGGUUCUUCAGUUUCUUGUGGGAGAUUCUCUUAAGUUGUUAUUUUUAUUUUUUGAGAUACUAAAUUGAGAAAAUGUGGAGGGACCCGGGAGCUCCUGUUGAUUCUUAUUAUGAGGUCCGGCCUGAAUGCACUGAUGUUCCCAAAACCAAGUUCAGAAUCAAGGCUGGCAAAACAUUAAGUGCUCGGAAAUGGCAAGCUGCUUUCUCUCCAGAAGGUCAUCUUGAUAUAGGCAAAACACUCGGUCGAAUUCAACGGGGGGGGAUCCACCCAUCAAUUAGAGGUGAAGUUUGGGAAUUUUUACUUGGCUGUUAUGAUCCUAAGAGUACUUUCAAUGAACGAGAUGAAAUACGGCAGCAACGAAGAGUUCAGUAUGCUGUGUUAAAAGACGAGUGUCGGUUAAUGUUUCCCUUGAUUGGAAGUGGUAAAUUUAUCACUGCACCUGUAAUUACUGAAGAUGGCGAACCUAUUUAUGAUCCUCUUGUACUUCAAGAGGCAAAUGUAUCUUCCGCUGAGGGGAUUGAUGCUUUCAAUGGUUCUGAAAUGGCAAAAGAACCAAAUACUCAUUGUACUAUGAGCAAGAAAGAAAUUCAGUGGAAACUUACCUUACAUCAAAUAGGUCUAGACGUGGUGCGAACUGACAGGACUCUAGUGUUUUAUGAGAAGCAAGAAAAUUUGUCAAAACUUUGGGAUAUUCUGUCUGUUUAUGCCUGGUUUGAUAAAGAUGUGGGCUACUGCCAAGGAAUGAGUGAUCUUUGCUCCCCUAUGAUAAUGUUACUUGAAGAUGAAGCAGAUGCAUUUUGGUGCUUUCAACGUUUGAUGCGCAGAUUGCGAGGAAAUUUCAGAUGCACUGAGAGAUCUGUAGGAGUGGAGACACAGCUCAGCAAUCUAGCUUCAAUAACACAAGUUAUCAAUCCUAAACUUCAUCAGCACUUAGAAACCCUUGGUGGAGGCGAUUAUCUGUUUGCUUUCAGAAUGCUUAUGGUUUUGUUUCGUCGAGAAUUCUCUUUUGGUGAUUCAUUAUACCUUUGGGAGAUGAUGUGGGCCCUGGAGUAUGAUCCUGAAUUAUUCAUCAUGUAUGAGGACCCUGAAUUAGCUAGUGAAAAAUCUGACAGAUCUAAAGGAAAAGUGAAGUCUACUCGCCAAUGUGGAAAGUAUGAAAGAGAAAACAUGAAAAGUGGAGGCAAAAGUGCUGAAGCCCCUCUCCCAAUUUCUGUUUUUCUUGUAGCUAGUGUCCUGAAAGACAAGAGUACCAAAUUGUUGACAGAAGCUCGAGGACUAGAUGACGUUGUUAAGAUAUUGAAUGACAUUACGGGAGACCUUGAUGCCAAGAAAGCUUGCACUGGUGCCAUGAAACUUCACAAGAAAUAUCUGAAAAAGGCAAAAAAUGCAUAGCAAUGGAGGAAGUGUUCCCAAGAUGUACUUAAAUUUAUGGCAUUAUGAGGCAACGGCGAUAUUUUAUUCUGCAACCUUACUAACAAGCCAGUUGUAUAUUUCUGAUGCUGAUAUGAUCUGAAUAAACAUCUGUACCGUUCUUGGGAGCAUAUUAUACCCGGGGAUGCCAUUUUUAUAAGUGAAAAUACCGUUCAUUCUUUGCAUACUAUCUAUCUAUAAAAAUUUAUAACAGAGCUUUGUAAUGUUGAAUCGUGCAUCCUGUAAUCGUUGAAUAUAAAAGGAAAAUGUGUGUACAAUAUUUGAUUUGUUGUUAGUAAUAAAAGCAACAGUUUGAGGAUUU